AUGGUUGGGUAUAGAUUUGCUUGGGAACCUGUUCAGAGUACUGAAGUGGGAAAUAGGGUCUCGAUCCUGGCUUUUUCCUCAGAUGAAGGGCUGGUUUCAGUGGGUGGUCAGCAAUUGAUCCGAUGCACUACCAUGUUUCCCCCAGGCAAACUCAUUGCGUUGCACAAUUGGAUUUUGUCAGGUGCCUCUUUGGAACAAAUCUCCUUGACUGGUGAUGCUGAGUCUUUGGAUGUCACUCUGCCUGAUCCCUCUCCUUCGGAUUUUUUCCUUUGUUCAGAGGUUUGUGCUGGACUUGGUGGCACCUCGUUUGGGGCUCAACUAAGUGGACUUAAGCCUGUUGCUGCGAUGGACAAAUCGCCUCUUGCGGUGGAAUUUCUGAAGAGAAAUCGAUUUCCGGAAGUGAUUCAUGGAGACCUUGCUUCUAAACAUCAGGUUGGACUUUUCCAUCUUGCCCAUGACACCCGGGUUGGACUUUUGGCUGGAUUUCCCUGUCAACCUUUCAGCUCAUUGGGUCGGCAUUUGGCUUUUCUUGAUGACCGUGCCAAAACCUUCUUUCAUAUUUUGGACUUGGCUUUUCUCAUCCAAUGUGCUUUUUUGUUGCUUGAAUGUGUGGUUGCGGCGGGCCGGAACAAAGUGGUUCGCGAGUCUUUGGCUUCCUUUUGUCGAAUCCGUGGAUUCAAGUUAGUGGAACAAGUUCUUCACCUGCACCGUGCUUUACCCAAUCACCGGACUCGUUGGUGGUGUUUGAUCGUUCCUUGUUGGAUGCCUGAUGUUGACAUUCCUGACCUGCCGUUGACUUCAACCUUUGACACAGUUGAGUCAGUUAUCCCAUCAUGGCCAACCUGGCCUUUUGAACAGGAAAAGCAAUUGCAACUGACGGAGGUUGAAUUUGAAGCAUUCCAUGACCCUCAGUAUGGUCCUGCCAACCGGUUGCUGUGCUUGACAGGGCGUUGUCCCACCCUGCUGCACUCUAUGGGGAGUCCGCUUUCACCCUGCCCGUGUUUGUGUCGUGGGGCUCUGUCCAGAGAUUUGCUUAGGCCACAAGGUCUGCAUGGCGUUUUGGUCUUAUCACAAUGGUCCGCUAUUGAAUUGCGUCAUCUUCAUCCUUUUGAAGCUUGUGUCUUGAUUGGGCUCCCCGCUGGCCUUGACUAUGGUUCAGACAUGCGUGCGGCUUUGUGUUUGAUUGGUCAAGUUGCCUCCCCUGUUCAGAGUCACUGGAUGCUGCGCCAUUUGCAGCAAAUGCUGGACUUUUUAACUGCUGCGGAGGUUGAAUCCUGUCACACUCAGAUGGUCGCUCAACAUGUUCGAUUGCACCAUGGGCUGCAACCCUCAGCAGCAAUGUAUGAGACAAGGGUCCUGACCGUGCAUUUGGAUGAUGGUUCCUUCCCCCUCACGCUCAAUCAGCCACGUAGGGCCUGUGAACUAAUUGAUGCAGAGUGCCAUCUCCAAGGUACCGAUGAAGAACUGGAUGUUUGGGACAAUGGUGUGGUUCUCUCACCAUUGAUGCUCAUUUCAGGGCCUGAAGUGACACUUGUUCCGAGGGUUGGCUAUGGGCCUUUUCUUGACAGUGGAUUGACUGGUUGCAUGCUUGGCUUGCCUGGUGAUGGAUUAACUGAUGUGAUGAUUCAUCAUGCUGGACUUUCAUUGCUCACGUGUGCGGGUUUGCCUGCGGCAUCCUUCUUGUCACCGUUCACUCUUGACAGCUUGCUUCUUCAAUGGCCCCAGACUGCCAUUCAGGCCAUUCGUGAUGGCACAAGCAGCACUUGGACUUUGUAUGGGAUCAUGCUGGUGGAUUCUCAUUGGACUUGCUUCCGCUUGGACUUUCGUCUGGGAUCUUUGUGUGUCACUUGGUGUGAUGGACUUUUGGUGACUCCCCCUGUUGCUCUGUUUCAACUGGUGGAUCUUUGGUCCGUUGCCUGGUCUUUAUCCACUGUCUAUUGGACUUUCAUGCGUUGCUUUUCUCAGCUUUCGCUUGUUGAUUGUGGGACGGUGGCUUUGAUGCAUCUUGGCGCAUUGCUGGGUCUCUGGAAUGAGUUUCCCUUGGAUGCUCAGUGGAAUUGGCAUCUUGACCUUGUGGCAUUCCAACGUCGGGUUGGGUUUGGGCCGUUUAAUGAGGCUGAGGCUGCCAUUACCUGGCUGGAAAACUUCCUUCCCAGCAAAGGUGUUCCUACAGCAAAGGCCAGAAGCAGAGCGGAACUUGCCAUUCAGCGUCUUGGAUUAAGUGCUGUGCAAAGAGCCAUUCAAGCCUCUGAACCUUGGAAAGCUUUGAAAUCUGCGGGCAACCUCCUGGGGAAGCCUUUCCAAUGGGUUACCUAUGAGGAAUUACAAUCCCACAUUGCUGCUCGGACUUCCGCUGAACAUGGCCAGGUUCCCAAAGCCAAGAAAACGAAAGGCAAGCCUGGUCGAAAAGCUGAGCCUGCUUUAGCAUUGUCACCGGACACUUUGACCUUAUUUCCAACCACCUUUGUUGAUGAUCAUGAAGAGCCUGUCAUGCCCAUUGGAUUUCGGGACAUUGGCUCAAAUGCGCGUGGAAUUUGCAUUGUCACUGUUCAACAGGCGAUGGAUUUGUGCCGUGCUUCCAACCAUUUGAGCGUUGAUGCCCUUGCCAUUGUUUCCAUUGGUGAACUUUCAGGGCCUGAUGACCUGACGAUCAACAACUUGCAGUGGCCGGCGUUGUAUACCCCUACUUCUGAACCUGUGUUGGUCAAGGGUAGCCUUGUGAAUUUGGGGGAUGUCCCUGUCUAUAUUGCCAAGGUUGAUACUGCUCCUACAGUGGCGAUGCUUGAAACUGCGGUUAUUCGAGUCAUGGUGUACCGAGAUCAGUUUGACAAAGAUUGGGCUUCUUUCUGCAAAGGUCCGGUCAAAAUGUUGCAGGUUUUGGUUCCCUCUUUGCGUCGUUGUUCGGAUGCUGAUUGCUCUGGGGUUUGUCCCUUGUUUCAUCCAGCGUGCGGCGAAGAAGUGGCACAAGUCAUACUUGAUGUGUGGUCUUGGCGUUGGGCCUCUCUUGAGAAUCAACAGCUUCCCAUGGAUCAAGCCCAAGUGUUCUCAGUUUUUCUGCGGGUUCCUCUGUCGGCUUUGAAUGAAGUGCUGGCUCUGAGCGGUUGGCAUGGAAUUUUUGUUGAACCAAGACCUGACUCGAAACAGGGAGCUCAUCCUUCCUUUGUUGUGGUUUGGUUGCCUCGUCACAUGUCUUUGUCUCAAGCCUUGGACUUCAAGCGUAGGAAUGAAACGGUGGUUGGAGUUGCCAGAAUGCAGCAGAAGCUUGGACUCCGUGCCUACAAGAAGCAUGAGCAGGUUGUCCAGGAACUGGUUUAUCCUGGAAAAAAUGUGGUUGUUUGCUCUGUUGAUUCUGUUUAUGAAGUGGGGCCCCUUCCACAUGGACUUUCUCAUUCCCAGGUUGCUGACUUAUUGAAAGCUUGGAAUUGGAUUGCCAAACCGUUGAAACCACUUCGUUCCUCCAGUGAUGGUCAGUACUGGGACAUUGGAACGGCUUCGGUUGCCCCUUCAGCCAUCCUGCACACUGAUCACGGUACUGUCACAGUCACCUUGAAGCGUGACAAAGCUGCCACUGUGAAACCGGCCAUUCAGGUGCAGGCUUCCACUCGCACCCGAAAGCAUAUGUUGUCUUUGCCUUCUUCUUCUGGUGCGUCGUCUGUUGAGGUUGACCCCUGGAUUUCUGGUGACCCUUGGACUAAGUACAAGCCUACGGCUUCCACACCUGCCACUGGAGAUGGACAAGAUGUUGUGUUCACUGAACCUGCUAUGGGGCGUGCCAGCACUGCAUCCUCCAGAAUUGCGGCUUUGGAAGAACGACUUAUGAAUCAGCUGACCCACAUCAAUCAGAGUCCUCCUCCUGGUUUGGCAGACAUGGAAGCGGAGCCAGGUCUUGCUCAACAGCAGGCAGCAGAAAUUGCAGAGCUCAAACAGCAGAACGCUCAAUUUGUGACUUGGUUCAACGAUGUCGGUUCUCGUUUUUGUGGUAUGGAUCACAAGAUGCAAGCCCAGCAGGCGAAAUUGGAUGAGCUGCAGCAGGCUUUGAUGACGCAGGGAGCAGCGACGCAAAAGCUGCAGAAUGAUGUUUGCUCUCUUCAGUCCAGCUUUCAAGCUGAACUCAAGGAUGAGAUGGUCGAUGGAUUUCGCUUUCGGCUCGGCACUGCGAAUGUGGCAGGGCUGGCCAACAAGACUCCAAUUGUGGGUUCCUUGGACUCUGGUCUUUGGGGGCUCACUGAAACUCAUUUGACCUAUGAAGGUAUGAAAGGUGUGAAAUCGGCUCUCAAGGGCUUUGGACUUAGCCAAGGUCGAUUGCUUCGCCCGGUUUUUGGGGCCCCUGCACCUGCCCGUGCAGUGGGGUCUGAUGCUGGUUCUUGGACCGGUGUUGGUUUGCUGGCUGACUUCCCUACGCAGCCUCUCAAUGUUGAAUGGCCGCCUGCUGUCUUUGAGACCGGCCGGGUUCUUGCUGCCACUUCUUUUGUUGGUCAGACCCCUAUUCUCCAAGCAGUGGUCUAUGGGGCUGCUCAAAGUCCCACGUUCCGUGAUCCUCUUGGCCUUACCUGUGAAUUGCUUACCGCUGUCUCUGAUCUGGUUGUGGACAGAGGUAGCGGACCCCGUUGCAUCAUGGGUGAUUUCAAUUGUGAUCUUCAUCAAUUUCCCCUGAUGGAGUAUUGGCGUCAAAAAGGGUGGCAGGAGUUGCAGGUUCAUGCCACUUUGCUUCAUGGUAAACCUUGUGAAGCCACCUGCAAAGGUUCCACAAUUCGUGACUUUGUAUGGUGUUCCCCUGAGUUGCUGCAGUAUUGGCGCCGCACUGACAUUCAAAGUGGGAUCUUCCCUGACCAUUCUGUGGUUUCUGGUCUUUUCCAUCUCCCUGCGGUGACCUUCGAGCGUUGGUAUUGGCCUCAGCCUAAGCAUAUUCCUUGGUCUCAGGUUCGGGUUGACUCUUGGCAUGAGGUUAUGAACGAUGUUUGGCCUUCUUUUUCUUGGACUCAAGACACCACGGCUUCUUUUGCUGCUUGGUCCAAUCAAGUCGAAAGAUCCCUUUCUGGUUUUGUUGCUACCCCGCAUGGGACUUUGCCACCUGGGACGUGUGGUAGAGGCCAACAUCGCAAAGCUCGCAAGGGCAAUCCUUUGAUUCAUCGCAUCAAGCCAAAUCGCCCUGGUGAAGCCCCGAUGCCUCUUUACCUCCCUGAUUUGUCCCUCUGUCGUUGGUAUCGUCAGUUGCGUCGGCUGCAGAGUUUGGUUCACAGUUGUCGUAGUGGGAAGACUGGCAUCAAUGCUGCCACUUACCAGUCUCAAUGCUGGUCUUCAGUGGUGAGGGCGGCCGGAUUUAAGCCCAACUUUGCGGCGUGGUGGCCCUCGCGGCCCAUUCGGCUUCAAGCCAGUCCGUUGCAUUUGAUUGGGCUCCACUCUUUAGCAAUGUUGGAGCUGAUCUAUGAUGACUUUCGUCACAACUAUCAUCAUAUGGAGGACUGGCAUCGACGUAAGAGAUGUCAAUUGGCCAAAGCCAGGCGUGAGAGUCGUCCUAAAGAACUCUUCCGGACUCUCCGUCCGGAUGGACCUGAGCCAUUGGAUUUUCUGACUUCCACCAGGGCUUACAAAAUCGUGGAGGUUGAUCCGCCUUCUGGUGCAGUUUUGUUGGACUCACCCGUUCAGUCCUAUGAGGGUUGUUGGACUUUGAAUGGUGAAUGCGUUUCCCCUGCUCCGUGGUUUGGUCCUGGUUUUUUGCCUCCUACGAGGACUUGGUGCCUUUUUGAAUCGGAUUGUCUUCCUUUCUGGAUUCCACGAUGGCAAGCCUUGGGGGACGUUCCCUCUGAUGCUUGGGACAGGAUAGUCCAGUUUACCCGUGCUUUUGUUCCCAAAGGAUCUCUUCGGCCUGCUGCUUUUUGUCUGCAAGACUACAAAAGGGCUCUGCGAAAAGGGACUGCGCUGAAAACAGGCGGACCUGACGGUUGGCAGAAGGAAGAUGUGCUUGCUCUUCCUGACUGUGUUCUUCAAGACAUGGUGUCCCUCUUUGGUAAGGUUGAAUCUGGUUGGGAGUGGCCUCUUCAACUCACCCGUGGGCAUGUCUUCUGUCUUCAAAAGGCCAAGAACAAUUUUGAGGCUGCCAAUUUUCGCCCUGUUGUUCUCUUUUCUCUUUGGUAUCGUCUUUGGAGUUCGCUGCACUCUCGACACUACUUGUCUCAGCUUGAGGGCUUGGCUGCCUUUCCUGCCUUUGGGUUUUUGACUGGCCGUAGUUGUCGUGAUCUUACAUAUGCUCUUCAGACUGCCAUUGAAGUUGCCCUUGGUCAAAGACAAAAUCUUUGUGGUGGGAUGUUUGACAUUGAAAAGUGUUUCAAUUUCAUUCCAAGAGGCCCGGUGCUGUUUUUGGCUAGGUGGUUCGGUGUGGCUGAUGCUGUUGUGCAAGGAUGGGCCUCCUUUCUCCGUCAAAUGCAUCGUGCUUUUCUUGUUCGUCAUGAACCCAGCAAUGCUGUCUUUUCUGACAGUGGGCUUCCUGAGGGUGAUGGACUUAGUUGCUUGGGCAUGGUGUUGUUGGACUUCAGCUUUCACCAUUACAUGCGCCAUUUUCAGCCUGGCAUCAAUGAGCUGUCUUUUGUGGAUAACCUGGAAUUGGUUGCGACCACCCCUGGGUCCCUUAUGACUGGUGUCCUUACUCUUGAUACUUGGGCUGAACUGUUUCGGUUGCGGGUUGACUCACGAAAAUCUCAGUACUGGGCGCUGUGUCCUAAUCACCGACAGUUUCUUCAAUCCCUUGGCCUUCCGGUGGUGGAAUGUUCAACUGACCUCGGUGCCACUAUGCAGUUUUCUGCCAAGCAUCUCAACCGUCCUUUGCAAACUCGCAUUCUUCAAACUCUUCCCUUCUGGGCUCGACUGAGAAAGCUUGAUGUCUCUCCUUGGUUUAAACUCCUUGCAAUCAAAGUGGCUCUUCUUCCUCGAGCCCUGCAUGCAUCCAGUUCAGUGUGCCUGGGGGACUCAUGGUUAGUAAAGUUGAGAACACAAGUCAUGAGAGCUUUGCGUGUUGCACGUGGGGGUGCCAGCCCUAUUCUGCGUGUGGCGUUUGUCUGCGGUGAAGAUGUUGACCCAGGUUUCUAUGAUGCCUGGCAAUGUGUUCGUGAUUUUCUGCGUUACUACCGGUCUAAUCAAGCAAUUCGGGAGUCAUGGAUUGCGUUUCUGACCGCGGACAAUAGACGGAAAACAUAUGGGCCCUUUGCUAAGCUUUUGAAGCUUUUUGGCAACUUGGGAUGGCAGCUGCAUGGGACCGAUACUUUGACUCUGGACACCAACUUGCGUUUGAAGUUGGCAUGGCUGGAUCUUGGCCUUGCCAAAAAACUUUUGGCUUACUACUGGAAGCAACAUAUGGUGAUGAAAGUCACUCACAGACAGGAUUUCAGGGACAUGGAUGGCAUCAAUGAAGCUGCUUCAUUUUUUCAGAUGAGUGGCCUGGAUCAUGCCAAAUCAGAACUCCUCAAUUGCAUUCGGGACGGGACUUCGUUUCUGAACUCGGUCAAGGCCAAGUAUGACCAGGAGGUGAGUCCCCUCUGUGCGUGUGGAUUGGCUGAAGACUCUAUUGAGCAUCGUGCAUUAGCUUGUCCAAGGUUCAAAGAGAUUCGACAACGUUAUGCUGACGUGGAGCGUAUGUGGUUCUCGCUCCCUGUUUGUAUGACUCACCAUGGAUUGUCACCAGCUAAUCCGUGGCAAACUCAAUUUUGGGCAAUGUUGAAUGCGAUUUCAUGGGAUGCUCCGGAAUGGGUCGGAGGAAGGCCCCCAUCUGGCCGUCAGCUUCUCUUUACAGAUGGUUCUUGUAGUGAUUCUAGCCACUUUCUUGGUGCUGUUGGUGGAUGGAGCCUGGUUUCAGCCAACCUUGGCUGUGUUGUUGGAGCUGGGCUGCAGCCAACAAUGAUGCAUACCAGUGACCGUUGUGAAGUUUGGGCGAUUGCGAUGGCUCUUUGCUGGCUUUCCCAUUGGAAAUGUGAUGAUGCGGUGGUUCAUACUGAUUCGCAGUAUGCAUUGGAUGGCUGUCAGAUUUUGCAACAUGAUGCCAGUUCCAGUGUAGAUGCGUUCUGCACUUUUUGGAAUUCGGUGGCGGACAAGUCAGCCAAGACUGCCCGUCUUUCUGGUUUCAGUUGUAGUCAAAACGAGGUUUUUCACGCUUUUCACAACUCCAACAUUUGGCAGUCAUUUUGGUCCAGGCGUUGUCAAGAGUUUUUGUUGGCUCUGGCUGUUAGAGCUGUUGGUUCCCCUGACGGACUGGAGGAUCAGGAGUUGCCUGAUCUGACCGGAGAAACUGAAGAGGCCAUUUUUGGAGUCAAUGAUGGUGCAUUGAUUGAUGCUAUGCCAUUGGACUGGAAAGCUGCUUUGGCUUCCACUCCAAAAAUUGUAGAGUUUGGCACAGCUACGGCCUCGGCCUUUGUUCAAUGGAUCUUAGAUCAAGCUUUAUCUGCCCAGUACGUGAGACAGCUCACUUUUUUGGAGUUAUUCAUCGGAUUUCAUUUUGAGGUUGGGAUGGUUCUUCCUAUUCAGGUUGGGGUCAGGCGUGGUUCUUUUCGAUGGCUUCCAGUUGAAAACUCCAAUGCUGGGGCACUCUUAGGUAGAACUUUGGGAUCGCAGACUGGUGUGAUUGAGUGGCUUCUCGUGGAUGCGGAGAGACUUCUCGGCUGA